CAGGAAGAUGACGUCACUCCAAACCCUAACCUUUAAAGUCUGUCAGUGAACAUGAUGCGCCACAUAGACACAGACCUCUCUUUGAAAAAGGGCACAUCGUUGCAUCAGAGAGAAAAAAGUAUUUUCUUUACAAAAAUUCUUUCGUUUGAGAUAGACAACUUUUUAUAUUUGCUGUAACGGGAGUUCUGCUUUUUUUUCUUCUCUUCAAAGCUGCUAUUAUACUUGUAGAUUCUCGUGAAAUAAUUAUGUGGAUUCUGGAGAAGAUUAGAAGGAGUAUGGAGAGCAUACCUCUAGAGGUGAAUCGUUACAUUGUAAAGAGUGAAGAGGACAUUUUUUCACCAAAUCUGCACGGCAACAUCAUAACCCCUGGAAACAUCCCGGAGUUUUGCCUGCCUCCGCGACUUUGCAAGAAAAGUUCACUGCCAGAGUCUGAAAAGGCCUCACCAAAUCCCCUCUUUCGGGACCAGUUGCGUGUGAGAAGCACUUCUUCCAACUCAGCAAAGACAUGGGAUGUAAAAGCAAAGAAAGAUGACGCACCACUGCCUUGGAAGGCUACAAAGAAACCUUUGCCAUUCUCUGCAGAGAGUUACGGUUUGGCCGGGAUAUAUGAGAGCCCAAACACAAGACGGAAGGAGUCUUUGUUCCACUCAAAAAGCCCUAUUUACAUACUUGAAAGGAACAGUGCUGCCACAACCCCAGACAUGGCGAGGGAGGUAAAUUCCUCCAAAAAUGUGUCAUCUGGAUUUCUCCCUCUGAUUUCAUGGAAAGGCUUGUCCGAAGCAGCAAGAACAGAAAGUGAAACACCUUCCUCUGAUGACUCUUCUUCGCUUUGUUCUCCUUGCAGCGCCAAAUCCUCCAACUCUGUUCCUUGUGAACAUGGUCGUCUCAAAGAAACUGUAUCAUGUCCAUCUUUGAUUGACAGAAAAGAGGUGAAAGGGAGAUGGGAGGAAGCACUGUGUAUGACGACUUCACUCUGCAAAGGAUCAAGCUUGGGGAAGAAUUUGUUCACUUUAGCCCCACCUGUAAUCUUCCCUCUGGAUGUGCUGCAUUGUCAGAAGAGACUUCAGUGUGAACAUGUCCUCCCUUUGCAGGGCCGUGGUCAGGUGCGGCUCUCUGCUGAGCACAUGAUAUCAUCCACCAGCACGUUCUCAGCUCUCGCUACCAUCAGAGUGCGUGUUGUAUCUGUGGAGGGCCUCUGGGACCCAACAGAGUGUGUCGCCCCAGACUGUGCAGUGAAUCUGUGCUUGACACCAGGGAAGCAGCAGCAGCAGGAGAGCGCCAUCAUCAGAAAAUGCCACAACCCUGUUUUCAAUGAAGAUUUCUUCUUCACAGAGCUGAGUCAGGAGGAUCUGCAGGUGUGGAACCUCAAAUUAAAAGUUGUGGAUAAAUCUGCAGCAGGAAAACUGAGGAGAGGGAAAAUGAUUGGACUGGUCAGUCAACCACUGUCACAGUUGCUUCUUGCAACCAGUGAAGAAAAGCAGUAAUUAACAACAGGAAAUGUGAGCUCCUUAAAAACAAUGUUUUGUCUUUAAAAGUUCCUAUUUGUGAGUCGUGAAUAUUAAGUUAGUGAUCUGCAUGUGGCAAACCCACGGUCAAUGUAUCGCGAGAGAACUUACUGUAGGCAGGGAUAAGCCAAUGAAUUCUUAGCAUCCUGUGUUAAAAGAAUUUUCACUUUCAUAAGAGAUACUCGAAACCGUAUUUACAUUAAUUAUAAAUGUUAUAAACUGUAUUAUUUCCAACUUACCGCUGGCCUGUUAUUGUGCUUUUCUGACACACCAUGUUGUUUAAAUGUUGUAAAUUUUUAUGAACUUAGAUGAUAUGACAC